AUGGGCAACGCCACUGGCCGCGCCGCCCGCCGAGUCUUCCCGCCACCCACCGACGUCCCACCUCCGCCGGCCGGGGCUGGACCCUCUUCGUCCCAAGGAGAGGAUCCCGUCCGCUUCGUCAGAAAGUUCUUCGACGAGUUCUUGGGAUACCUUCGAAAGAAAUUCCAAGAACGUGCUAGAGGCCUCCACCUCCGCACCCCGAGUCCUUUCUGGCCGUUCAAGGACUUGCCGGAGCCGGCCCCGGGCACCGACCGCUAUGAACCAGUCCAAGAUCCCGUCUUCCUCGCUCUGCUGGGGUACCUGAUUGAAAUCACCUUCAAGGAAGGCUUGGGCUGCCCUCUGAGCAGGGGUCUCGUGGGUCUGUUCCUCUGCGCUCUCCGCGGCGACGACAUGGGACUGGAGGCCUUAUCCCCCGUGGAGGAGGAGGACGAUCCCAUCAUCGCAACCAAGAUCUGGGCGGUCUUUGGGAAGCUCAUCUAUCUUGGACAGAAGUUCCGAGAGGCGGGGAUCAAGUGGAAGGGUGUGUUUGGCGACGGCGAUGAUUACAUCAGGCCAGCUAGUUUUGAUGAUGAUGGAGGCAGUAAGAAAUCUUUAAUUGCUUGGUUAAGCAACUGCAUUGAUAUAAUUCUUUUCAAGAAUGCGACAGGAUUAGAUUGGGGAAGAUUGGAGGUGCAUGGACUGAUUGCUUUUAGCUAUGAUAGCAUUGGUCUUAAGAAAAAGCAGAGGCGUACUGACUUUCUGAAUUCACUGGCAGGAUCUUCUUUUGGAUUGACCAUUGGGAUAGAUUUAGGAACUUCAUACACACGUGCUGCUGCUGACGUGAAUGGCUCCUUGGAGGGCAUACUCAAUGACAAGGGAAAGGGCAUGACCCCAUCGUGCGUGGCAUAUACUGAGAUGCUAAUUGGCGAGGAUGCGCGGAAGCUGGCAUUUGUGAAUCCUGAAGGAACUAUUCUUAAUGCCAAACGACUUAUUGGAAGAAAAUUUAGGGACAAAGAUGUACAGGAAGACUUGAAGUUUGUCCCGUACGAGAUUGUUAACAAGGAUGGUAAGCCCUAUAUUAAAGCGAGGAAGGAAAGGGGCGAGUGGUUUAUAAGUCCUGAGGACACUGCUGCACUUCUUCUAGAAAAAGUGAAGGAGGAUGCUGAACGCGCACUUGAUAGGCCUAUCAUGGAUGCCAUUGUUACUGUUCCAGCUUACUUCAAUGUUGCUCAGAGACGGGCUACCAAGGUUGCUUGUGAGAAAGCCCACUUAUAUUUGGUUAGAAUUAUCAAUGAACCAACGGCUGCUUCUAUUGCAUACGGUCGAUAUAAGCAGGUUGGUCAGAAAAACAUCCUUGUUUGUCACAUUGGCGGUGGGACAUUUGAUGUCAGCAUCUUGAUUAUUCAUAAUGGAGCUUUUGUGGUUCUAGCAACUAGUGGAGACAAACUAGGAGGUGAGGACUUUGAUAAGACAAUAAUGCAGCAUUUCAUAAAAGUGAUCAGUAGGAAGCAUAGGAAGGACAUCAGCAGGGACAGCCAGGCUCUUGCGAAGUUGAGGAGAGAAUGUGAACGUGCCAAGAGAGCUUUGGGCAGCCAGCAGGAAGUUCAAAUGGUCAUUGAAUCACUCUGUGAGGGCCUUGAUUUCUCUGAGCUACUGACGAGGGACCUGUUUGAAGAGUUGAACAAUGAUUUGUUCAUGAAGAUUGUGUGGCAUGUGAAUGAAACCAUGAAGGAUGCUGGACUGAACGAGGAUCAAAUUGACGACGUUGUUCUCACGGGCGGGAGUUCCAAAAUUCCUAAGAUUCGGCAGCUUUUGAGGGACUACUUUAAUGGAAAGGAGCCGGACAUGGAGGUGAACCCAGAUGAAGCAGCCAGAGAUGGUGCAGCUAUAAUAGGAGACACUCUAAGUGGGAACGGCUGGGGUGAUACUAAAGACAUACUUAUUUUGGAUGUGGUACCUCCUACCACCGGGACUGGAGCGAUGAACACAUUGAUUCACAGGAACAUCAUGAUCCCAACCAUGGAAUCUCAAAUUUUCACCACUUACCAGGAUCAGCAGGGUACUGACUUCGCUCAGGUCUUUGAGGAAGAGGACCAAGGGUGCUUGGUUGCAAGGGUGGUGCUUGGGCUGCCGUCGAAGAUAGCGAGCUGCGUGGAGUCUCUCCUUCAGCAGUCAGGCCCCAACACCAUUGCCUCCAUCAUCCGGGAGCUGGAGGCCAAACUCAACCUCGACCUCUUCCACAAGGCCGGCUUCAUCCGCGACCAGAUCUACCUCCUCCCCGGUCCCCACAAGGCCAAACUCAUGGCGCCUGGUGAGGAUGAGGGCUACGCUUGGCUGGAAGUGAGAGAGAAAUUGGAUGACUUCAUUGUAGUGGGGGCAAAAUAUGGGGCCCGAUGA